AUGUCUUCAUCAACAAACACCACCAAUCACCACCUCCCCACAUCUCAAGCCUACGAUCUAUGGUCGCAAGUCUACGACACUGACGGAAACGUCCUACAACAGUUAGAUGACAUUUACAUCUCCACUACCCUUCCACGGUUGAUCACGCCGGAUUGUACGGUUGUAGAACUAGGUUGUGGUACCGGGAGGAAUACGCUAAAACUUGUGGAAUACGGAGCGGGUCGUGUACUCGCUGUUGAUAAUUCCAGGGGGAUGUUGGAGAAACUUGUUGAGAAACUUGGGGUUCUUGGUGGGAAGGACGAGAGGGUGGAGGUUUUUGAGGUUGAUUUGAAUACUUUUUCUUCGACUUCUUCUACUUCGAAUACUACCGCUAUUUCUACUUCUACUAGCGAUAGAGAUGAGAGGGGGGAUGGUAGUGGCGAACAAAAGUUUAAGAAAGCACUGGAAGGGAAUGAAAUAAACGGAGUAGUAUCAACAUUAGUCCUCGAACACCUCGAACUCUCUACAUUCUUCUCAGCGGUAUCAAAGAUCCUACCCCAGACGGGAUGGUUACUACUCACGAACAUGCAUUGGGAAAUGGGUUCCAUCUCAUCGGCGGGGUUCCUCGAUACGACCACCGGGAAGAAAGUUAAACCGGUAUCGAUUAAUCAUACCAAAGAAGAGAUAUUGGAGGAAGCUGGGAAAUGGGGGUUUGUGGUUGAAGAAGAAGAAGAAGGAGGUGGCGGUCAUGGGGGAGUGGAGGAGACGGGGAUUAGGGAUUUGGAACAUGCGAAGGGGUUCGGGAGGAGAGCUGAGAAGUGGGUGGGGGUUUUGAUGCAUGUUGGGGUUGUUUUUAGACGUGUGUCCCUUGUAGGAUAG